CAUAAACUCCUGAUAUAGGGUAAUUUAAUCAGAUUGCCACAAUGAGUCGCAGCCCAGAGAGAAUUUCAUCCUACCGCCGUCACUUUGAGGACAGCAGCAGCUCGACCUACCAGGUCAGGGUGUCCAGCCCGUCCCCUACCAGGAGAGAGGUCCGUCAUGGCUCCGUCGGCUACUCUGCAAGAGCCAAGACCAGCAGCAUGUGUGUGGACUCUGUGGGGCGAAGGACUGUGUCUGCUGCACGCAGGUCACGGCUGGUUGGAGUUGGCGGAGGGGCCUUGGUGUGUGUGGGGCCAAGUGGAGAACGUCCCAUAGACCUGGAUGCUGCAGCAGCUGAGAACCAGGAGUUCCUCAGCACCAGAACGACCGAAAGACAAGAGAUGGUCGUCCUCAAUGACAGGCUGGCCGUUUACAUCGACAAGGUCCGAUCGCUGGAGCAGAAGAACAAGCUACUGGAAGCAGAGAUAGAGGCCUACCAGAACCGGUUUGAGAAGCCUUCGGGUCUGCGCCUGCUCUACGAGCAGCAGCUGAAGGAGCUGAAGAAGAUUGCUGAUCAGAUGAGAGUCCAGCGGGACAUUUCUUUGGCUGCUAAGGAGGCUGCAGCUGGCCAACUAGAGGCAAUCAAAAUCAAAUACGAGGAGGCCUUGGAGCUACGAAAGAAGGCCGAGUUAGACAUAGAAGCCUUCCGUCCAGAUGUCGACAAAGCCACCUCCUCCCGCAUCGCUUUGGAGAAAAAGCUGGAGCAGCUGGAGGUUGAAAUUGAAUUCCUGAAGCGAAUCCAUCAGCAGGAAAUCGAAGAACUCAUGAAACAGAUCUACACGGCUCACGUCUCGGCUGAGAGUGCCUUCUCUCUGCCUGAUCUAGCUGGCGCUUUGAAACAAAUCCAAACCCAGUACGAUGAUAUCGCUGCCAAAAACCUCCAGGAAAUGGAUUCAUGGUAUAAAAACAAGUUUGAAGAUUUAACCAAAAAGACAUCAAGACACGUAGACAAAGUUCGAAGCGUCAGAGAAGAAAUUGCCGGAGCCAAAAAGGAUAUACAAAACAAAGAAAGGGACUUGGACUCCCUGAGGACCAGAAAUGAAGCCCUUGAAGUCCAAAUUCGAGAGGCACAAGAAAAGUACAAGAAGGAACUGGAAGAGCUGCAGGCUCGGAUUGAGGCCCUGCAGCUUGAGCUCAAAUCCACCAAGAAGAAAAUUGCCCUGCACCUGAGUGAGUACCAGGAACUUUUAAACAUUAAGAUGGCUCUGGAGAUCGAGAUCACGACAUACAGAAAGUUAAUUGAGGGGGAAGACCUGCGGCUCUCUGGCAUGAUGAAAUCCCUCUCCAUUACCAGCUGUAGCAUGAGCGCCAUUGGUGCUGGGGUGAGCCUUAGUGGAGGAAGCACUGAUGGCUUAAGUGGUAUCGGUGGCAGAACAAUAGGAAGUAGCAGAGGAGAAGUUGGAGGUGCUGCAGGAAUGACUGGAGAAAUGGUUACAGGAGUCAUGAGAUCAGGCUCUGGAACUGCUGAAGGUACCGGUGCUGGUAGAGCAGGUGUUCCCAGCAUGAAUGGAGGUCAAGCACUAAGAGAAGGAGAAGGUGGUGUCAGAGAAGUUGAUGGGAGUCUUAGCACUGAUGGUGGAAGUGAGGGACAGAGUGCCAUUAGUACUAGUACAGGCUCUGGAAGCUUUAGUUCUGGUAAAGAUGGUAGAGUUGGCUCCGGUGCUGAUUCUUCAGGCACUAGUCCUAAGGGUUUGAGCUCUUCUGCUCCAGGUUUUAGUACCGAUGUUGGUGGUGAGGGAUUCAGCAAUGGAGGACCUGGACGCGCAGAUGGUAACACCUCGGUCUUAGCAGCUGGAAGACAUGGUGACAAAGCCGAAGGCCAAGGUGCUGGGUCAGAUACUGGUGUUGGACGGGUAGGAUUUAGCUCUGGGGGAACUGGUGACAGCAGUGGAGCUGAAACAGGUGCAGAAGGGGAUAUCCUUAGCUCACCAGGUGUUCCAGGUGCAGCUGAAACUGAAAUAAGAAAAGGAAACGGUGUAGAAACAGAAGUUAGGGUUGCUGGAAAUGACACUGGGUUGAGUUCCAGGGGAAUGGGGGGAAACAGUGCAGUUGGUGGUACAAGCGGAAAAGGGGGUGCUGGGGCUGAAAUUGGAAAAGGUAAAGAUGGAAGCACAGGCCGAGGACGGAGUCCUUCGGAUAUGCGGAGAGGAAUCCAGGGCACUGCUGGAACUGUAGGGAAGGUUGGAGAUGAUGUAGGUGUCGCUUUGUCAGGCGGGGUUGGGGUUGGUAGGUUCGGUGCAGGGAAGGGGGACAUAAGUGGUGUCAAGAUUGGAUAUGGAUUGGACGGACAUGACAGCAACACCGAGUCCUAUGUGGAGCAGGCCGUGGAGCUGACAGAGAGAAGAACAGUACUUAUUAGGACGGUUAAAAAGGACGACGAUGUGCUGGAGAUGGACCACCAAGAGCAGACCUACACCAUCAGUGGUGCUGCAGAUGACUGCGAUGUCGACUGAGGAGCACAAACUCUGUAUUGACUUCCUCCCGCCCUUAAACCUCCACUCCCCUCUGAGCUUUGCACUGACCCAAAACCCCUGUUUGGUUGCUGACCUUUGCCCUUUAGCCUGGACAAGAAAACCGCAAAUGACCUUUUCACUUGAUACGCUCACCAUGCCCUCUAGACGCCCACCCCUUGUUUUCUA